AUGUCCAAGAAAGCAUCUCCUCCAUCAACAGCAUCAGUCAAUAAUGAUGAUGAUGAAGAUGAAUCGUUAGAUCAUGACUUAACAUCAAGUGGGAGUGAUGAUGAAGAGGACGAUGUAGUGGAAGAAAAGAGAAAUUCUAAAGUAAACAAUAACAAGAAUGUUACGGAAGAAAAUGAGGAAGAAGAUGAGGAAGAAGGAACCGAAGAUGAUGAGGAUGAGGACGAAGAGGAAGAUGAGGAUGAUGAGGAUGAGGACGAUGAAGAAGAAGAGGAAGAAGAAUAUGAACCACAAUUGAAAUAUCAACGACUCGGUGGAAGCCUUCCAAAAGAUAUUUUCGGUAUUGAAGGAAAUUAUGCCAGUGCUUUAGUGGUUGGUGAAAAGUUUCUCGCUUUGGGAACACAUUUAGGUUACUUGUAUCUUUUGGAUAUUGAAGGAAAUAAUAACCAACAACAAAAAUUCAGACCUCAUGCCGAAACGAUUAAUGAUUUAUCUAUUGACAGCACAGGUGAAUAUAUUGCUAGUUGUAGCAAUGACGGAAAGGUUGUUGUGUAUAAUAUUUAUUCAGCCCUCUAUGCCAGCAUGCAAAAUCCCUCAGUUCACAAAAAGAUUUUAGAUCCAAACAGUGACGCAAAUACAGUCAUCACAGGCAAUAGCGUCUUGACAAAUGUUUCUUCAGCCCUAACAGGAGGAUCUGUAGGUAUCCAAGAGGGUAACAUGAUGGAAUUUUUCUUCAAUAGACCCAUGAAGUCGGUGGCUUUGGACCCUUUCUAUUCAUCAAAGAGCGACCACUCAGUGGUUUGUGGAGGAAAAACAGGAAAAUUAACAUUGAAGAAAAAAGGAUGGUUUGGAACCUAUAAGGAAGUAGUAAUUCACAAAGAGGAGGGAGAAAUUCAUGCUGUGAGGUGGUUUGGCGAUUUUAUUGCUUGGGCCAAUGACCUCGGUGUUAAAGUUUAUGAUGUGGUAUCAAAUCAGAAAAUUACCUACAUUCCUCGAUCAGCUACAGCACCAAGACCAGAUAUGUAUAGAGCUUGUCUGAAUUGGUGUCUUCCUGAAAGAUUUGCGAUCGAUACUAAACAAUCAGAUACCAAAGAUACAAGAAACCUAGCUCAAUUAUUGAUAGGUUGGGGUCAAAGUGUCACACUCAUUGUCAUCAAGGAGCGAAAAUUACCAAAAGAACAAAAAUCACAAAAAUUUGUAGAAGUACUGGCCAUGUUUGAAGUGGAUUUCUUCAUUUCUGGUAUAACUCCCUAUUCGAACGAAAAUAGUCUAUUGAUUUUAGCCUACGAUGAGGAAGAGCAAGAGGAAGAUGACAAAAAGAAACUCCUUGCUCCUAGACCUGAACUUCGAAUUAUGGAUUUGAAAGGAGAAGAAAAAUCAUGUGAUGCACUUUCAAUCAAAAAUUUUGAAAAUUACUUUGCCACUGACUACAGACUGGAAACAUUCAACCCUUCUACUUCUUCGUCUCAUCAUUUCGUUGAUCAAGAAGAAGUUUAUUACAUUCUUUCUCCAAGAGAUAUAGUUGCUGCAAGACCAAGAGACAGUGAUGACCACAUUAAAUGGCUCAUGCAAAAAAACAAGUAUACGGAAGCUCUCAAAUACGCCAAAGAAAACGAAAGCCAACUUAAAAGCAUUUCAAUUGUUGAUAUUGGAAAGAAAUAUUUGCGCCACUUGUUGGAAAACAAGCAAUACAAGGAAGCUGCGCAAAUGGUGCCCAACGUUUCUGGAACUGAUCAACAGCUGUGGGAAGAAUGGAUUUACGUAUUUAUUGACUUGAAACAAUUCCAUGUGAUUAUACCAUACAUACCUAUUAGCCAACCAAGGCUGAAAGAUGCAGUUUAUGAGAUGAAGCUAAACUAUUACCUUCUUAACUCUCCCGAACAGUUCCUUUCAUGUAUCAAAGAAUGGCCACAAGAUUUAUACAAGAUCCAAAAUAUUACAUCGGUCACAAGCGAAAGAAUUGGCGUUUUGGAGCAGGAAGCUGAAAGAAAUAGACUCGAUGGAAAAGACCAAGAAGCUCGCGAUUGUGAGAAAAAGAUAUCAAUCCUAUUGGAGGCAUUAGCUAAUUUAUUUAUGUAUGAACAACAGUAUGACAAGGCCCUUAAUAUUUAUUUCAAGCUUCGAAGGGCUGACGUUUUUGAAUUUAUUCAGAAAUAUUCUCUUUUUUCGUCUGUGCAAGACAAAAUUAUGGUUUUAAUCAGUUUUGAUGAGGAUAGAGCUUUAAGGUUGUGUGUCGAGCAUCAUGAUAAGAUUAUGGUAGAUCAAGUCGUAAAACAACUUCGUAAUGAGAGAGUACAGCUCUUAAAGUAUCUUGAUGGCCUCUUUUAUCACAAUGUACAAAAUGCCCAAAAGUAUCACAUUUUGCAAGUAGAGUUAUUUGCUGAGUAUGACUCCAAGCGACUGGUUUGGUUCUUGGAGCAAAGUCAAUCGUACAAAAUUGAGCAGGCGUUGCAAAUUUGCGAGCAACAUUUAGGAAAACCAAUUGAAAAAACAUUUGAAUAUUUGUAUCGAAGAGAUGUACCUACAGUUGCGGAAAGCAGUGCCAACAAGCGAGCGAAACCAAUGAUUACGUCAGAUGAUCAAUAUGAUUCAGAAUCUGACGAUGAGUCAACAACAACUGCCACAGACGUGCCUGUUGGUAAUACAGUGUCGAAAAAUAUUAAUAGCAAUGAGGACGAUCUUGUAUUACCUGAAAGAAACAAACAACUGUACAAGGGAAUUGUCUAUCUAUUGAACAGAAUGGGUAACACAAAUGAUGCUCUUGCCUUAAUUAUUGAUAAAUUAGAGGAUGUUGCUCUCGCGAUCGAAUUUGUAGAAAAGCAGCCAGAUAGCGAACUUUAUCAAGAUCUGAUUAACAAGAGUUUGAAAAAACCAAAAUUUAUUUCAGGACUUUUAGAUCAUAUUGCAGAACAUGGUAGUGACUACAUUGAUCCAUUAGCACUUGUGAAAAAGAUUCCAGAAGGCAUGGACAUUGAAGGUCUUAAAAAGAAACUGACUCGUCUCAUUACAAACUUUUCUCACCAAAAGACACUGCAAGAAGGUUGUCAAGAAAUUCUCCAAGCCGAUCUUAAACAACAAAGCUCUCAAUUAUUUAAAUUCCAAAGAAAAGGAGUUCGAGUAAGACUUGGUGGACGAUGUGCUCUCUGUGGACAACGACUGACCAUGACCAAAGAGGAUAACAUUAUUUUCAUGAGUGGAUUUUAUUAUCAUUUUAGAUGUUACUCGGAAGUGGUGGAUGUCGAUACUGGUGGCUCUUCAUCGAAUGACGCAAAUGGUGACAUUGACUCUGCUCAACCUUCAAGUUUCUCUUCCUCUGAAUCGAAACCAAAUCUUGGAAAAUUGCAGUGCAUUGUGACACAAUCCAGGGAAAAGAAAAAUGUAAGAAGAAAGUAG